UCUCCUUAUCUCUUACUUUGUGGAUUUUAUGUAGAUGUCGUGACCGGGCUUCCGUACUAUACGUAUUUUUAGGUUAAAAGUGUUAAAAACAAAAAAAAAACUGCGAACAUCUUCGUUUAAACUUUGACAGAAUAAAGUAGUGAAAAGUAAGUUAAACUAGAGGAAAAGAUCAAUAAAGUAUGACGUUUCAGCAGCCAAAUUCUCGCGAACUCCAAAAUCGGAAGAUCCUAGAGGAACUUCAGCUGAAAAAACAGAUGUUGCUCAAGCAAGGAGUGCAACAAAGUCUUGGCUCGUCGCUCAACAUUCCAUCGAUCAUCACAUCCUCCGCUACAUCCCAGCAAUCUGGGGACGGGGCCAACAUGACGUCGAUGCAACGAGCCGCCCUCCUUAACGCCCACGCACAUUCCACCGGCUAUUUCAUAACUCAGGAGUCCUCCUUUGGAAAUCUUAUCCUGCCAGUGCUACCGCGUUUUAACGAGACUAGUACUACGAAAUAGUUGCAGUAACAGUACGACUCAUUUGUAAA